AUGUCCUCUUCGCCUUCGCCAUCGCCAGCGCCUCGCGAGCGCACCCUCGCAGUCCUGUUUGCCCCCGAGAACCGCCUCAAGGCCCCCUACGUUCGCCAGAUCCUCGUCGACGCCGGGUUCACCCUCAUCGCCGAGGCCGACGCGGCCGGCGACGAGCUCGAGGAGGCCGGUCUCGACCUCGGCCUGGGCGUGGGCGACGGCCAACAGCACGACAACGAUGGCCUGGUGCACACGGCUUGGGUGCUCGAGCGCACCAACGCCGCCGCCGUGCUCAAGGACGUCAAGGCUCGAGCCAUCGCCGACGAGUGCCCUACUUUGCGCCUGUUCGCCGCCCCGUCCGCCGCCGCCGCCGUCAUGGCCAUCGACGUCCUCUUCCCUGCGCUUCCUCCGCUCGUCGCCCGUCCCUCGCCGACCACGAUCGACUUCCCCGCGUCGCCGACCGUCGAGGACAAGCCCAAGCCGUUCGCGCUGUCGAACCUCGCCUUCUCGGCCGCGCAGGACGCGACGCCGACCAAGCCGUCGACGCGCCAGCUGUCGCCCUCGAUCGAGAAGGCGCUCGCCGAGCUCGAGCAGCGCGAGGAGCACGAGCGCCUGCGCAAGGCGAGCCGGAGCAGUCGCGGGAGCACGGCGUCGCCGGCGACGCUGAGGACCGCGUCGCCGCCGGGCGUCAAGCACCCGGUCUCGGCGACGCCGGCCGAGGGCGAGCGGCGCGUGUUCACGACGAGGGCGCCCGACUCGAGCGAGGAGGAGCUCGAGAACGAGGACGAGCAGCAGCAGGAGGAGGCGGUCGACAAGGAGGAGGACGAGACGCCGCGCGAGGUCGUCGAGAACGAGGCCGACGGGGACGUUGCGCUCGCGCCUCUCGCCGCGUCCACCUCAUCAGCCGCGCCGCCCCUCCUGCGCACCGCGUCGGUCGCGUCGGGCACCUCUAUCACCUCGUCCACCUCCUCGUUUCGCGCUCGUCCAGCACCAACGGCCGCGCCGACCGUCCACCCGCGCCUCACCAAGGCGGCGGCCCUGCGCCUCGGCGUCUCGCUCCCGCCCAGCACGCCUCGCCGCUCGGCCGCCCCGUCCUCAUCCGUCACCAGCAGCUCUGCGACCACCUCGGCGACGACGACGAGCGCCCGUCGCCCCUCGGUCGUGCCCACGCCUCGUUCGCUCGCCAAACCCGCCAUCACGCCCCGCAUGACCAAGACCGCCUCGCUGCGCACCGCCGCCGAGCCGGCCGCAACCGCCGCCGCUCGCAAAGCGCCUCGUGCGCCGACGCCGAGCGGCCAGGCGGCGAGCGCGACGGCGACCAAGAGCCGCAAGAGCAUCUCGACGGCCGAGCGCGCAGCCAUGGACCGGCUCGCGCGCCGGGGCAGCACGGCUCCGAACUCGGCGCCGCCUCCCUCGGCAGCUGCAGCGCCGCAGGUCCGCAUGUCGCGCGCCGCCUUCCUGCGCCAGGGCGUGCCUGCCCCUUCUUCGUCCGCGCCCGCGCGCUCGGCCUCCUCGGCCCCAGCCCCGGUCGCCCCACCGCUCUCGACUCGCCGCUCGAGCCCGGCCCCGGCUAGCGUCAAGGCGCUGCGCGAGCCGGCGCUCGCGCCGCGCAUGACCAAGGCGGCGAGCUUGCGCGCGGGCGGCGCGUCGGCGCCGACUGCGGCCUCGCGCAGCGGCAGCAGCAGCGGUCGACCGUCGCUCGCGUCGUCCUCGACGACGUCGACGACCACGACUGCGCCCUCGAGCGUCGGCGGCGGCGCCGUAGCGAGGCCGUCGUCGGCGACGACCGCGCGCAGGACGUCGUCGGCCGCAGCGCCCGUCGUCGCGCCGCGGCUCAACAAGGCGGCCGAGCUGCGGCGCGCCAAGCUCGCUGCCGAGAAGGAGGCCGCGGCGGCGACCAACAGCGGGAAGGCUCUGCGGGCCGUCAACGCUUGA